GGCCGGACUCCUCCCUCCCUCCCCCUCUCCAACACAGAUCAUGCUGUCGGCUCUGUAGCGGAUAGCCGCAUCCUGUUUUGUUUGCCACAUAUAAGAAAAAACUCAGCAUCAAAAAUUCAGGAUCAAAAGCGAUGCCUGACAGCUGAAACCUGCCGAGUCACAAGAAAAAAAACCUUCACAGGUAAUCGAUUGAUUGUUGCAGCUCUAGAGACAACCAUCCUUCGCUGUUCGGUUCGGAGCUGGAUGGACAGCUGUGCCUGAUCGUUAGAGGCUACCGCGACUCCGUCCCUCCUCUCAGGUAACAUGAUGGAGGUGGAAGGUCCCUGGACCGAAGUAUUCGAGGGUUCGGAGACGGUGAAUGAAAAGUCUGGAGGAGCGGAGACAUUGCUGGGGAGCUCCACUCUGACCCUGGCUCCUCUGAUAGCUGAUUCUCCCUCCAUACGCCGCUCCCAGCCCAUCCUCAUCACCUCAAACAGGGCGAAAAGCGUCGAGUCGUUCUCUUCCUCUGUCCCAUCCAUACCCAACCCCUUCCCAGAGCUGUGCAGCCCCUCACAGUCACCGGUGCUCAUUAGUUCACUUCCACCGCCGUCAAGUGACAAACACUUGAUAAAGGUGUACGGGGAGGAUAGCCACAGCAGGUCGGUGUAUGUUUCUCGAGGAGCCACAGCCAGAGAGGUUUGUCACAUGUUGGUCCAGACGGCGCAUUGCAGCGAUCAGGAAAACUGGGCUCUCCUUGAACUCCACCCCACCCUGGGCCUGGAGAGAUGUCUGGAGGACCACGAGGUUGUGCUGGAGGUUCAGGCAAACUGGUCCCUCAAGGGUGAUACACGGUUCGUUUUCUGCAAAAACUACGCCAAGUAUGAGUUCUUCAGGAAACCAAUGCUCUUCUUCCCGGAGUCCAUGAUAUCCGACAGCGCUGAUGUCAGCAAGGGGAUGACAUCAUCAGAGCUCAUUCAGAACCUGCUCCGGUCUGGCACGUGUCCAGAGAUUCAGGGUUUCCUGCAUGUAAAAGAACCGAGCCGCAAGGCCUGGAAGAAAGUCUACUUCUUCCUGCGACGCUCCGGCCUCUACUGCUCCACCAAGGGCUCCUCCAAGGAGCCUCGACACCUGCAGUAUGUGGCUGAUCUGGAAGAUUUGAACGUGUACACUGUGGUUAACAGCCGUAAACUGUACGGAGCACCUGCAGACUUUACUUUCUGUAUCAAGCCCUCGAGAAACCCCGUCCGUGCUCAGGACCUGAAGAAGAUCCUCUGUGCUGAGAACGAGCAGACACGAACUUGUUGGACAUCUGCGUUCAGAUUAUUCAAGUAUGGGAAGCAGCUUCAGUGUAACUACCAGUUAUCCAAGUCGGCCCCGCGGAACCUGGAAGGAUCCAACCUCCCGGAGAGCAAAUCAAAUUCGGAGGCUAGCCUGGUGGCCAUGGACUUCUCAGGGAAGGCCGGAGGACGAGUCAUCCAGAACCCAACAGAGGCUCAGAGCGCAGAGAGAGAGGAGGGACAAGCCUGGAGGAGGAGAGAAGCCCUGAGAUGCAGUCUGCCCAACUUGAACUCAGCAGCGAGACCUUCCUCGAUCCACAAGAUCCAACCAUGGUUUCACGGCGGCGUGUCGAGAAAAGAAGCGCAGAGACUGAUAGAGAAGCAAGGGCUGGUAGACGGGAUGUUCCUCAUCCGUGAGAGCCAGCAGCACGCGCAGUGCUUCGUCCUCUCGCUCUGUUACAAGCUGAAGACCAAACAUUACCUGGUAAUCCCUUGUGAGGAGGGCGGCAGGAAGUACUUCACCAUGGACGACGGCUUGACCCUCUUCAUAGACCUCCUGCAGCUGGUGGAGUUCCACCAGAUCAACAAGGGCAUCCUUCCCGUCUGCCUCAAACACCCCUGCGUCUGUGUCGCACUAUGAAUCCAUUGUUCCUUUACACGUAGCCUUUCUGACCUCUGCUCCACUGACCCGCGAUCCCCUAACGUAACCUCUCCUCCUGGCCCAGGAUCAGUCGUUAAGACCUUUCAUUCCAGUCUAAAGUGUGAGCCCCGAUCUUAGUCAUCAGAUUGUGUUGAUAUCUGUAAAGCACAGUUGAUAACGACCGCAGUGCAGUGCAAAGGUGUGUAGUCCAUGUGAUAAUGUCUUCAGGCUUGUUACACGUGGACUCACGGGAAGAAUAAGCCAGACGGCGUAUUGUCUGAUCGCCUCUUUAGCAUUUUUAAUUAUUCUGGACUACAUGUGCAGUUCCAGACAGUGGUUGGUUUUUUAUUUUUAAUUAAUGAGCUGCAGUCUCCGUGGAGGCAGCUUAAUUAGCCGUGUUGGACAGACUUUUAAGCGCUUUGGGGGAUCUUUGGAGAAAGAGAAGCUGUUAAUGUGUAGAUU